AUGAAUAAGAGAGUUGAUCCGUAUUAAUUAAAUAUUAGUUAUGAAAAUGACAUAAUCAAGACUAAUAUUUUAAGUAAAGGAGAACACUUAAGUUCACAAGGAGUUGACAAUUAAAUGAACUUACCAACAGAGCUUGAUGGUAUUUGAUGAAUUAAAAAAUUUAAGAUUAUGAAGGGCCUACUCUUUUUUAUUGUCAUCAUUGUAAAAUGGAUUCAGUUUCCUCUUGUGAAUAUUAGGCUACAGGUUAAACAUUUCUUUGUGCAUUUCUUCUAUUUUUUAUUCUAAAUAUUUUCGGUUGUUUGAUUCCUUAUAGUUCAACAGCAUGUAAAGACAGAAGGCAAAUAUGUCCAAGAUGUAGAAAUUUAAUUGGAAUCAAAUAUUAUAAUGCAUGUGCAUGUUGAAAACAAAAUUUACAACCUAAUAAUUUGAUUGAUAAUUAUUUAUUGUAUGAUUAAUAAUUAAAUUUAUUAACCAGUUGAAUUCAUAUAUUCAUAUACGAUAGGAAGAAAGGAAGGGUAGCAUUUAUAAUUAAAAAAUGAAUUACCAUUAAAGAAGAGAAAUCUAUCAGAAGAAGAGAGAAGAUAAAUAAAUAGGGAUAUAUAAAAUAAGUUUAAUAACAAGAAAAUUUUAAAGAAAAAAAUUCAUAAGCAAAUUAUUAUUAAAAUAAACCAUAAGAAAUACUUAAAAUUGUAUUGCAUAUGUAUUUAUUUUUUAGAUUUAAUAAAUUGAAGUGUAGAAAAAAUAAAGUGAAAAAAUUAUCUCUUGGAAAAAAAAUAAAAAUAAUAAAAAGAGAAAGAAUCUAUCAAUUAAAUAAGGAAGAUGAUGAAUAAUUAAAAGUUAAGGAUGCAUAUGAUAAAGAAUAUGAUAAAGGUAAAGUUAAAAAAAUUAAGAAGAAAAGAGAAAGUUAAACAUUAGAUUUUGAUAAAGCAUAUAAAUUAAAAUAUAAUAAAUGAAUUAAAAAGAUGAAUAAUUUAAUGAAGAAAUCUGUGUGAAAAUAAAGACCUUAGAUAAUCAUACUUUAGAUGUUCGUAUUAAAUAAAAUCAAUCUGUGAAUGAUCUUAAAAAUUAAAUUGAAAUAGUAACCUGUUUAUUUUUAACCAAGGUCUCAAGCAUUCCAUCAUCAAGAUAAAGAUUACUAUUUAAGGGGAGAUAACUUAAUAAUGAGGAUACUUUGAUAUCUUUAAACAUAGAGGAUUAAUGUGUUGUUCAUUUAGUUGCCAAUAUGCCUGAAUUUGAAUCAUCUCCUUUAAAUAGAGGAUUAUCUACUAGUUCAUUUGAUGAGCAUGAUAAUAGAAAUAGUUGUAUUUAUAUAUUAAAUAUACAGUCGAUGUACAAGAGAACAGAAGAAACUCUAGAAAAAAGGUAUUAUAGCAAAGAUUACAUGGAUUUUAAUAACUACCAACAAGGAAUUCAUUGUAAUAAAAUGUUAUGACAUUACAUAAUCUAUUAUAAUCAUUUAAUACAGUAGCUGAAGCCAUUGAAUAGGGAUAAAUAUUUGCUUAGAAAGACUUUGAACUUGGUUAAUGGAUAGAUUUUAAGGAUUCUUAAGGAGAAUGGAUUGAAGGUUAUGUUGGAUAGAAAUAAUAAAAUCAGGUUUUAAUUAUUCAUUAAAAUGGAGAAGAAUGGAUAGGAGUUCCAUCUAAUAGAUUAGCAUUAUUCAGAUCUCAUACAAUACAAAAGACUUAUCACAUGUCUCCUAUUUUAAAUAAUCAUGAAUAACAAUAAUUAUGGAGUUUUAGUGAAUUACUUGGUUAAACAGCAAUGUUAUUAUCAAGAGCUGGCAAUAUGAUGUCUAGAUUGGCAGAUAGUGUAGAAGACAAAUCUAUUCCAUAAAGUAAGAAGGCUGAUAUGUCUAAUCUUAUAACUGGAAUGAUUGAGGAACAAAGAAGGAUACAAGAAGAAAAGGUUGAAAAAUAAGAUGAUGUUGCAUCUCUUAAAUCUAUGAAGUCUAUGAAAUCAGAUAAAAUAUCUAUUGAUUAUGAAACAUCAUCAAUUAAAUCUAUGAAGUAAAUUUUAAUGACUUAAAUUAGAUCUGAUAUCUCUAAAUUAACUACAUAUUUUAUGGGGCAUAAUCAUAAUACAAUGAUGGCUGAAAAUAUUGCAGAAGAAGAAGAGAACAGUAGUUAAGAUAUGUCAGUUGAUAAUCAAAGAGAUGCUCCAAAUAUUUCCAAAGAAUUUAAGGAAAAUUAUAUAUAUUAUGAGACUUCUUUGUUGGCUGCCUAAUUAGCCCCUUUAUCUGAUAGACUAGGGAGAUUAUUGUAAUAUUUUGCCUUUAUUUUUUAUAGAGUUGAUUUAUCCCCAUAUCUUGCAUUGAGUGGAUCCAAUAUAAACAAGUAAUCUUAUGUUAUAUGAAGUAUCUUUCAAAAUCAUCCUAAUUCCAAUAUAUCCAAUUUAUCCAUAAUAACUAAUGAAGGCAGUCAGUAUUCAACUUAAGCUAAGCAAUAUUAUUUUUAAGUCCCUAUUAUGUUAACUCCUUAUGAAUUGCAUACACAAUCAUAAUAUGGAGCAUCAGCCAACAGAAUUGUAGGAGAUAAUUUAGAUAUUUUGAAUCAUUUAAACAAUAAUAAUGGAAAUCCUAGACAAAAGAGAACCACUAAAAAAGAAGAAGAAGAAAAAUAAUAAUUUGUAACAUUAUCUAAAAAUAAACCAACCUAAUCAUAUCAAUAAUAAUAUUAGUAAUAAUAAUAAUAAUAAUUAUAAUAAUAUCAAUAAAUGAAAGAAUCAAAUUUUUAAAAUACUGAAUAAGAUGAAACAUAAUAUUUAUAAUAAUAUUAAUAAUAAAAGAAAUAAUCUAUCGAUGGAUAAAUUAAAAAGAAAAAGAAAGGUAAAGAAGUAUCUUUUUCAGAAUAAAUUAAUCAACUAAAAAAAGACAAAUAAUUUUGA